CCUUUCUCCCUCAGCAAUAUUUCACAACUAGUUUUGAAUCAUUUUGCUCAGAGAGAUCGAACCCAUUUCUGAUGGACUCUGAAUCUACUAAUCCGCCCUCUCAGCCUUCUGCUAAAGCUUCUGAUAAUGUUGAACAUUCUGCUCCUGACGUCUCUGGACGAGACAAUAAUAUGCAUGAGUUAGCGUCAAAGCCAACUCCCCCGACAACAUCAUCUUGGGCCCUGAAACUACAGCAGUCCUUGGGAACAAUUCAAGAUAGUCAAAGUGGAAAUGCUGCAAUGUCGGCAUUUUCCCGUUUUACAAGAGGGUUUGGUUCACAGAUGUCUUCGGUGGAUUCUCCACAAAACAAGGAUGUUAAAGACAACACAGGGAAUCAGCAAUUUGCUGUUCUUGAAUCAUUUACAAAAGGGCUAGUUGAUUCUUCUCGGAGCGCGGUGAAGGCUAUGCAGGUUAAAGCGCGUCAUAUAGUCUCUCAAAACAAACGGAGAUACCAGGAUGGAGGUUUUGAUUUAGAUAUGACAUACAUUACUGAGAACAUAAUUGCCAUGGGUUUCCCAGCUGGUAGUUUAACGUCUGGUUUUUUUGGAUAUCUUGAGGGUUUCUAUAGAAAUCACAUGGAGGAAGUAAUCAAAUUUUUUGAAACUCACCACAAGGGAAAAUAUAAAGUAUACAACCUUUGUUCAGAGAGGUUGUAUGAUGCUUCACUAUUUGAAGGGAAGGUUGCGAGUUUUCCAUUUGAUGACCAUAAUUGCCCCCCAAUUCAGCUGAUAAGAUCAUUUUGUCAAAGUGCAUUUGCUUGGUUAAAGGAGGAUAUCCAAAAUGUUGUAGUUGUUCAUUGUAAAGCUGGUAUGGCAAGAACGGGGUUAAUGAUUUGUAAUCUUCUCUUAUUCCUCAAGUUCUUCCCCACAGCGGACGAGGCUAUUGAUUACUACAACCAGAAAAGAUGUGUAGACGGGAAGGCUCUGAUUCUCCCAAGUCAGAUUAGGUAUGUCAAAUAUUUUGAGCGUGUCUUAACAGACUUCAAAGGAGAAAAUCAACCUGGUCGUAGAUGCAUGCUUAGGGGUUUUCGGCUUCACAAAUGCCCCUAUUGGAUUAGGCCUUCUAUCACAAUCUCUAAUCACAACGGAAUUUUGUUCACCACGAGAAAGCAUCCCAAAACAAAGGAUCUAAUGCCGGAAGAUUUCUGGAUCAAAACAUCAAGAAAAGGGAUAGUGGUUUUUGCUCUACCAGGGGAACCUGGUCUGACAGAAUUGGUGGGGGACUUUAAAGUUCAUUUUCAUGACCGGCAAGGAGAUUCUUACUGUUGGUUAAAUACAACAAUGAUAGAGAACAGAACAAUCUUAGAUAACUCCGAGCUUGACGGUUUUGACAAGAGGAAACUGCCUUCUCCAGGAUUUCAGGUUGAAAUCGUGAUGAUAGACUAUGAUGGUACUUUGCCUACAAGAUCUAAAGCCGAUUCCAUGGCCAAUAAAUCCGACGGUACCUCUAGUUCUGCUCCUGGCUCAACUGUCGGAACUGAAGCUAAUUCCAAUAGGAAACAAGCCUCUCAGAGUGAAGACAAUGAUGACGUGUUUUCGGAUAGUGACGGAGAAGAAAAAGGAGCUCCUAACAGAAUGUCUGCUAGAGCUACUUCUAUAGCUGAACCUGUACAUCCAUCUAACUCCACGGCAGAACAAAUUGGAAAUGUAGUACGUGAAAUCAAACCGUUAUCACUGGGAAGUCAUUCGCAGGCGAAUGUCUCGCAAGAAGCAACUGUUGACAGGAUUAGAAAAACCGACUCCAGCAGUGGGACGCUUCCUAAGCUGGAUUCGGUUGGGGGAAGUGAUAUAAAGGCAAUGGCUGCCGAUGCUUCAGUUUUCACUUUCUGUGAUGAUGAAGAUUUUGAGAGUGACUGAUUAAAAGCAGUGUUUGGUUCCCAACUCCUUGGAACCGUGUUCCAAAUAAUUAAUUGUAUACAAGCCUCUUAAACAGAUGACAACCGUCUGGAAACCGAGACGAGAAUGAGAUGUCAGUUCAUUGAUCUACACAAACUACAUGUCGUUUACUCAAUAUGUCAUUUUGGCAGGAACAAAAGCUAGUCUUUUUUUUUUUUUUCGUGAACAUGUAAAAUUCUGACUUGAAAAUUGA